AUGAGUAGCGACGAUGAUAGUGCCAAAACAGCCUCCGCAAGCCAGCUGCCGUACGACAACCGCAGUUCUUCCCUGAUAGGAGCGUUGACCGCGGGUGGAAGAUCAAUAGUUUAUCAAAUGACUUCAUUUUACCUCAGAACUCCCCUGAAGCUCUUUAGACCUCCAAGGUUCGACUAUCUGCACUAUGUAAGGAUCGUUCUCACUGGAGAAGAGAAUGAGAGGGGGCUCCCGAAUGAUAGUGCAUCCCACAGAAGAUUGGGCGUUGCAAGAUCUAAAUACUUCAAUUACCUGGAAAAUUCGUCGCUUGGCAUUCUGACCAAGGCUCUGAACAAAUACGGAUGGAAGGUAAUUCCAGACAGAAUUCUGCCGCCGCUGAUAGUCAAUUCUGCCACCGGUGUGGUGCUUUACACAACCUAUCUGACAUCUUUUAACCAUUUUUCAUCGAAAUCGACUCCUACGUCGUCUGCAAAGAAUCCCUGGGACGUCUGGAGGUCGGGAUUUGUGGCUGGCGCCAUGCAAGCUUUAGUCUCAACGCCCAUUGAUGCCAUCUAUGCGAGAUCUUCCACCAGCGAGUUCCUCUCUGUUGCUAAAAAAUAUGAUAGCCUUUGGAUGUAUGGUCUGGAUAAGCUGAAGGAGAUUGGAAUGAUCGGCUGCUUUGGCGGCUUUGGCCUAGCACUUGUAAAGGAAUCUUUGGGGUUCGCAGUUUACUUCACCACUUUCGAGCUGAUGAAAGGGCAAGUUUGUACAUGGUUCAAGACUGUGGUCAGGCAAUACGCAGAAGUCAAGUAUGUCAUUCAUAAUACCAAACUGGCAGACUUGAUACCGUCGACAACUCCUUCUCCACCAACAGAACAAGCAAAAAUAGAGUUCCUAUCAAAGAAGGAGGAAAAGUGGCUCAACAGGGCUUUCAUAUUUGUCGGAGGUGUGACUGCCGCAUUCUUACUGCAGGUCGUCCAGUAUCCAUUCAAGAAGAUUCAAAAAAUUCAUCAAUCCAGACUAGAAGCCUUCGAUAUAGUAAGCAGAUCGCUUAACCAUCAACCGGCAACUGCAUCAUCCCUUAGCAAAGCUACAAAAAUAUGGGUUUCAGAGCCGGCAAGCCGGCGCUUACAUAUCUAUUACAACUCCUAUUUGGACACAUUUGAGCACGUUCUUUUCAUCCAUAAGAAUACGAAUUCCAUGAUGCGCUGGUUGUACAAAGGGUUUGCAAGAAACACAUUAGCGAUUAUUCCUGGUACAACCGCGGGUCUGCUAAUGCUAGACUACAUGCGUAGCUCGUUCGAGCAGUCCCUUCUUCAAGUGAAUGAUUAA